CCUCCCGUGGUCCCGCCGCCGCCUCCGCCUCUGGCCGGACCAGUUCAACCGUUACCUGGGGUCAGCGCUCACCUCACCUAACCUCCCGGCCGCCGCCGCCGCCGCCGCCGCCGGAACCGUCACUUCUCGCCCGACCAUGGCCCCGCGCACACGGUUCACUGUUCCUCUGCUACUGCUGCUAGUGCUGCAGCUAGCAGCAGCUCAACAGCGGCAGAGACUAGACGUUCAAACCAUCUCCGGACCGACCAAUUGCGAGCGUCGCGCGCGUGCUGGGGAUGUGCUCUCCAUGCAUUAUACCGGCACGCUGGAAGACGGAACUCAGUUUGAUUCGAGUCGCGGCAGGCGGCCGUUUGAGUUUGAGCUCGGAGCUGGGAAGGUGAUCCGGGGGUGGGAUCAGGGGCUGGUGGGGAUGUGUGUUGGGGAGAAGAGGAAACUGAUCAUCCCGGCGCAUCUUGGAUACGGAGACCGCGGCGCGGGUUCGAUCCCGCCCGGUGCCACGCUGCUUUUCGAUGUCGAACUUCUCGAGAUCAACCCUCAGCCCAAACCUGAGCUCAAGAUCAAGAGGACGUUUAGCCCGGAGAACUGCCCGGUCAAGUCCAAAAACGGAGAUAAGCUCGGUAUGCACUACACGGGAACGCUCACAGAUGGCACCAAGUUCGACUCCAGCCGGGACAGAAACGAGGUCUUCGAGUUCGAACUGGGCGCACGCAAGGUGAUCCGCGGCUGGGACCUCGGUCUUAUCGGCAUGUGUCCCGGUGAACGUCGCCAGCUGACCAUCCCUCCCGAACUUGGCUACGGCGACCGCGGUGCCGGUGGAGUCAUCCCGCCCGGAGCUACGCUUCUCUUUGACGUCGAACUGGUCACAAUCAACGGCGUGGGAGCUGCCCCGGCCGCCCCCGCCCCCGCUCCCGCCCCGGCACCGGCCCGGGGGGCGAGACCGCCCACAACACAACCGACUCCCAGUGACCAGCUGCAGGUGCGUCACAUUUCCGGACCGCGCCGCUGCCGCAGGAAGACUGAGGCCGGAAACAAGGUCUCAAUGCACUACACAGGCACGCUGACCGACGGCACCAAGUUCGAUUCGAGUCGGGACCGUGGCACACCCCUCGAGUUCACCCUGGGGCGAGGUCAGGUCAUCGCUGGCUGGGACCAGGGUCUGCUCAACAUGUGCCCGGGGGCGCGUCGUCAGCUGAUCAUCCCUCCCCGACUGGCCUAUGGCGAUCGCGGUGCCGGUGACGUCAUUCCGCCCGGCGCGACGCUGGUGUUUGAUGUGGAGCUGGUGGCGAUCAAUUAGCGGUCCGGGCGGGGCGGGUUCGAAUCCCAAAGCCGGUAUUGUUUUAUGAUAAAAUAGACUGGAGCUUGUUUCCAGCGAAAACAGAUGUAAGAAGUCUUAGCCUGGCACAAAACGUGCCUUAACUUGCUGAUUGCUUUUAUGUUAUAUAGAAUAAGUUAAGGUAGGUAUUUCAGAUGUGACACAGCGAUGAGUAAGCAAUAGAAUUUGAGAUCAAAAGGAAAUUAGAAUUUGCCAUUGGUUUCGUCUCUUGCAACUCUUGAUAAUAUAUAGUUCACAGUGUAGCAGUGUAACACGUGUUAUUAGUGUUGUGGAAGUUUUGCCUUCAUGAUCUUGUUGUUAGUCAUUAUUCUUGUGUGUUGGUGAGGGAUCAAGUGAGUCGAUUUGAAAAAAUAUCGCCAAAUAUGUGGUCUUCUGACUGUUUGUCAAGUGUUGCCCUUGCCGCAAUAUCAGAGAUCUCCGAAAUAUACCAUAUAUCGGACAUUACGAAA